AUGCCCUAUAAGAAAGAAUUUUUAGUUCGUACCGUAUACGUAUUAAAGUUACAAUUUAACGAGGGAUAUAUAGUGCUUAAAGGCCGCCUACAAAAUAAGGGUAAGGGAGCAAUUAGCGAGGGAGUAGGCGCUGCUACCUGGUCUGAGGUACUAGAAAUUCAUUACUACUCUAGUACUAGCUUUAGCUCUAGUACUCGAGAGGCGUACGUUCUAGCGUACGCUUUAGUAAGGGGGUUGGCUUUGGAGAGGGUAAGAACUCUAGUUAGAGAGUUUAAAGGGUGGGAGUCUAAGAGAAUUUUUAGGGCGGCCUCUCUUCAUAGAUUCAACGUACAAGUAACUCCUUAUAAUACUAGCGAGGGUAUAUAUAGUAAUACUACAAUCCUUAUUGUAAAGUUUAAGAGUAGGCGGGUUUUUGCGUUGAUCGUAGUAAUAUUCCUAGAUACGUACGGUCGAUAUACUAUUGUUGCUAGCGGUUGUAAUGAGUUUGUAGAUAUAACUAUUGCUAUUAAGAAGGUAGCUAGUUCUUCUAGAUAUAUCGAAGAACCAGUAUUUGACUCUCAAAUUGCUUUUUCAACCUCUCCUAAACUAUUUAGAGUUCUGGCUUAG